AUGUCGCGAUCAUUUUUAAUGGACUCCUUGCUCAGUGAUGCCCCGAGCAAACAUGAAAACUUGGAUAAAUUCAGGCCGAAUCCGCUGCCAACAUUGCUGCCCUACCCUGCUUGCUACGUCGGGAGUUAUUUAUUUUCCUUGGGUAUUCAGCAGCAACACCAGCAGCAGCAUCGUCUAGACCCCUAUAAUCAUCUAAAGCUUAAACGAUCACCGGAGUACGCAACCCCAUUUUUGGAUUACUGCACAUCGCCAACAUCAUCGAACGCCGACUACACCUCUUUCGAGGAUCUCUCCAGCCCCCCUCCUGCAGCAAAACGAAUGCGCGAAUCAUCUGCAUCACCAGCGAAAUCAGCCGCUUCUAUUCAGGAUUAUUCCGAUUCUAGCAAAAGGAUUCGAACCGCAUUCACCAGCAAUCAACUAUUGGAACUGGAGCGCGAGUUUGCUUCGAAUAUGUAUCUGUCCCGAUUGCGCAGGAUUGAGAUUGCGAAUCGUUUGAAGUUGUCGGAGAAACAAGUUAAAAUCUGGUUCCAAAAUCGCCGAGUGAAACAGAAGAAAGGCGGACGUGAUAGUCCAAAUGAAAUUGGAGAUAUCAAGCCUGCAGUGAUGACCAUGGGGUCGAAGCAAUCAGAAGCAGAGACUUCACAUACCUCCCAUUGUUGUUGUCAUAGGAAUCAAGUGAUAAAUCAUUGCAUUGAUAAGAUUUGUGCGAAUAAUUAGUUUUGUUUAAGGAAGCUUUUAAUGUAAUUGUAUAUUUUGUUAAAUAUGUAGAAAUAUGGAACCAGCGCUAUUAUAUCUUAUCCCAGUUAAA